AUGACAUAUUUGGAGAACCACACAGUUACUGAAUUUAUUAUCAUGGGUUUGCUGAAAUACACUCCAAUUCACUUGUGCCUCUUUGCACUUAUCACCAUUAUAUUCCUUGUUACACUAACUGGAAACAGCCUCCUAAUUUUGGUGAUCCUGGUAGACCCCCAUCUCCACACCCCUAUGUAUUUUUUCCUUUGGCAGCUGUCUCUCAUUGAUGUUCUCUUUACUCUUGCCAUUGUACCCAAGAUGAUGAUGGACUACCCUCUGCAUAAAAGAGUCAUCUUUCUUCCUGGCUGUGGUAUCCAGAUCUUCCUGGGACUGGCCCUGGGAGGAACUGAGUGCAUCCUCUUGGGCCUCAUGUCCUAUGAUCGAUAUGUUGCCAUCUGCAAGCCUCUACACUAUCCACUCCUCAUGAAUUGGUCCCUCUGUAGGCAAAUGACUUUUAGCUCAUGGAUCAGUGGUACUUUCAAUGCCUUGAUACAUACCAUCUAUACCAUGAGAUUCCCAUUUUGUGGAUUCAGAGAAAUCCAUCAUUUUUACUGUGAACUUCCUGUUGUCUUGCAACUCUCCUGUGAGGACACCUUGGCCUAUGAGUCUGGGGUUCUGAUUAGCACCACCAUUUUACUUCUUAUUCCAUUCUCAGUCAUCCUUGCUUCCUACACACUCAUCCUGGUCACCAUCAUCCAAAUGUCUUCCACUGAGGGCCAGAAGAAAGCAUUCUCUACCUGCUCCUCUCACCUUACAGUGGUCAGCUUAUAUUAUGGUGCCAUCAUUUUCAUGUAUAUGAGGCCAAUCUCUUCCCAUACUUUCAGUCAAGAUAAAGUAGUAUCUGUCCUCUAUACCAUUCUGACACCCAUGCUCAACCCUAUGAUCUAUAGUCUUAGAAAUAAGGAUGUGAUGGAAGCCCUGAAAAAAAUCUUAUGGAAGUGUGCAUUGUAUUCUAAAAUGUGA